AAGAGCUUUGGUAGCUCAGAAUGGCUAGAACCAAGUUCGUAGCCCUUAGCCUCAUCGUCCUCCUUAGCAUUGGACUGGCCAAUGCUGCAAGGGUAGCGAGAUAUGUGAGCGCUGGGGGAGGAGGUGGUGGAGGGGGAGGCGGUGGCGGUGGACAAGAUGGUGGAUCAGGAUAUGGUUCCGGUUCCGGGUAUGGUCAUGCUGGUGGGUAUGGGUCUAAUGGUGGGGCAUAUGCAGAGGGAGGCGGCCAAGGUGGAGGUGGCGGUGGAGGACAAUAUGGGGGUUCUGGGUCUGGUUCCGGUUCGGGUUCUGGGUACGGUCAAGCUGGCGGGUAUGGGUCCAAUGGUGGCACAUAUGCUCAGGGAGGUGGUCAGGGUGGAGGUGGUGGCGGAGAACAAUACGGGGGUUCUAGCUCAGGUUCUGGAUCUGGCUCUGGGUACGGUCAGGCUGGCGAGUAUGGGCCAUAUGGCGGCGGGUAUGCUCAGGGAGGUGGCCAAGGUGGAGGUGGUGGUGGUGGACAAAAUGGUGGAUCGGGACAAGGUUCUGGAUCUGGCUCUGGGUAUGGUCAGGCUCGCGGAUAUGGCUCUUAUGGCGGUGGAUACACUCAAGCGGGUGGUCAAGGUGGUGGUGGCGGAGGUGGACAAAUUGGUUCAAGCGGCCGUGGAUAUGGAAGUGGCUCAGGAAGCGGGUCUGGGAGUGCUGGCAGUGGUGAUUGGCACCCAUAAGACAUCUAAAAAGAACUGCAUAUAUCUGAUGCCAACAUAUAUAUACUACUGCACGAUUAGUAAUAAUAUGGUUGUUUACGUAAUUUUGUGUUGUGAACUUAUGAUUUUGUGUAAUGUACUUGAGUAGUAAGGAAUAAAAGGCCUUGUCAUGGCUGCUGUAAUAAAAUUAGUGGUAUUCCAUAUACUAAUGGUCAUGUAUACUUGUGCGUUUCAACUGAACAGCUGUUUGCUGUCUAUAUAUAGCUUGUCUUUGAGUGAUAUAAUGGAGUGUAAUGUAUA